AUGGCCAUGCGCGUUAUCGCGUGGACGUUCCCUCUCCAACCAUAUGAACGUGCACGGACAACUCAGAAAGUUGCGUGCGACGACGACGACGACAAGCCCGAAUCAUCCUCCGGCGUGCUCAGUAUAGCUCGCGAUGCCUCCGACCUCAUCACCAACCUGCGGGGCAGUGACUGGGAUUGGUCGACAGGACUCCAGCUACCCCCAGAGACGCGUCACACCUUGGCACGGCCUCGAUUUAUCCUGCAAACACUAGCGUCGGCGGUGUGGCAUAUCAUCCUACUUGACAACGCACACUAUAGCGUGCAGUCCUUCUCCCCUACUACUAUAGGAUCAGCCGACGGGGGCACCAUUUUCGACACGAAUCUAGAACCUGUGCCACGGUACUUCCGCUCAAGUGCCAUAUGCCUCCUUGCAGGCUUCACGAUAUACUCUGCUAUGCAGGCUGCCUAUGACAUAAUGACUAUCAUCGGCGUGCUUAUUUUUGCGCAACACCCGGAGCAGUGGCCGCCGCUUUUCCACUCUCCGUGGAAAGCGACUUCGCUAAAUGAGUUCUGGACGCGGCGCUGGCAUCAGCUCUUCCGACAUCAAUUCAUUUCCGUUGGCGGGAAGCCUAUGUUCUUCCUCCUUGGACGAUUCGGAGCUGUGAUGGGGGUCUUCCUGAUGUCGGGGAUCUUCCACCAUAUAGGGCUGUGGGGUAUGGGCAGGGGUUCGGAUUUCGCAUAUGUUGGGGGGUAUUUCCUGAUGAUGGGCGUCGGCGUUGUGCUGGAAGCGGGGUGGAAGAAGGUUACGAGGUCGAAGGUGCAAGGAUGGGUGGGGUGGGUUUGGACUAUGCUGUGGGUUGUUGGCUGGGCGAAUAUAUUGGUGGAUGAAUGGUCAAGGCGCGGGCUGGUUGGCAGUAUGUUCAUGCCGAACUCGGUGAGGCCAUCGACGUACCUACUGGCGAGGUUCGUGUAG